AUUUUCCUCAACAAAUUCAAAAUCCCCAACUGACAUCCCUCUCUCUGCACAUCACAAAAUGGUUAAAUCCAAAAAAUCCUUUUCAAAUCUCCAUUUAUGAUAUCUCUCCUUCAGGCCAACGCACUAUUUCAUCCGUAUCUUCUAUCCGGCUCGGCGGAACCCUACACAGGUGGCGGCGGACAGCAAGGCAAUUUCUCCGGCCUCAUUCAAAACCCUAAGUAUAAAUAAAACCCUAGCUACUCUCAUUGUUAACAUGGCCGGGGGACCAAUGCGGGAGCAAGCUCUACCGCUACUCGCAGCCGCUAAUAACCAUGGUGAUUUGACAGUAAAGCUAUCUUCGUUGAAGCAACUGAAAGAUAUACUGUUAUCAGCUGAGCCAUCACAUGUUGCUGAGCUUUUCCCUUAUUUAAUUGACCUUAAGUCAUCGCCCCAAAGUCUCGUUCGCAAAUGCCUCAUUGAGGUAAUUGAGGCGGUUGGGAUGAAAGCAAAAGAGCAUUCGUUGGUGUUAAUGCCCGUGUUAUUCACAUGUUUAAAAGAUACGAGUUCUAUGGUGACAAAGCAAUCAAUUGUAUCUGGCAUGAAAAUCUAUUGUGGCGUGUUGGAGGAAUUAUCAUAUCAGUUUCAUCGGCAUGGUAUAGUUGAGAGGUGGCUUGAUGAGCUCUGGACAUGGAUGGUCAAGUUCAAGGAUGCUGUCUUUGGCUUUCUUUUUGAGGUAGGCCCAAUUGGUACAAAACUGCUGGCAUUGAAGUUUCUCGAAACAUAUAUUUUACGUUUCACACCGGAUACAAAUGAUUCUGAAAAAUAUGUAGCACAAGCUAAACAUGGACGGAGUUUUAAUAUUUCAUGGGUAGUUGGUCAUCACCCUGUUCUUGAUCCGGCUGUUCUUACAUCAGAUGCCAAAAAUACUGUUGGCACUCUAUUGGAUUUAUUGCGCUCAGCUAGUUCUCUCCCUGGUUUACUAACCAUUUCUGUAAUUAAUAGAAGUGGAGUAGAUAGUUUUUGACAACAAAUUGGUGUGACAUCAAUGAAAUGAUCUUUGAGUUAUCAUGAAAAAACAUGCUUUGAAAGAAUAAACUGCUUAAGAGCAAGCAUGAGCCCAGCUUUUUAACGUGGAGUUAAAAUGGCAUUUUGCUUGGAAUGCUGAACUGAUGGUUCAGAUAACUGAUCUAAAAGUUAGCUGGUUUCCACAAGAUUGACAGAUGGUAGGGCAGAUUAAGCGGUGGAUAAUUUGGUCACAUCAUUUGCAAUAAGAACUCUUUGGACAAGCUAUUAACCAAGCAUUGUACAUUUUCGGAGACAACAUUAAAGUUUAGCAAAUUUUGAUCUUUUUAGUUGUACAUACUACAUCGUUACCUUGUAGUGUCCAUGACAAGUAUUGGUUGAUAAUGUAUUGCUAUAUUUUGUAACAUUGAAACUCUUCUUAUUACCCAGAUAAUCAAAUUUUUCGACAGGGUUUUCUCCCUGGAUAAACCUUCUGUUGU